AUGGUGGUUUCUCAUAUAAGACCAGCCGAGGCACAGCCAGGAUUGUCCAGUCAACGACGAUCCCGUCGCACGAAACACAGAAAUAUGAAGAUCUUGAUCGUUUGCAUGCUGCUGCACCAGCAGUUGCAAGUUGUAGAACCAUCGACUCGACAUCGUCGAUGGCAGGAGGAACAGCAGCGAUCAUUUCAGCCUGAAACGGCGGAGAUACUCGAAGAACGCUCCUCUUGGACCGGUAACAUCGGAAAUCGGCUGCCAUUCGCCGUCCUAGAAGCUUCACCAGAGCAAAGAAAACGAAUCGCAGACUCCGAGGCUCUUGGACCUGCAUGGAUACGCAUCCCGGCCAGAUCGACCUGUUCCUGCGAGUCGCAAUACGAAAUAAGGGACCUUGGAGACGGACACUAUCCGAGAUAUCUGACCGCUGCGCACUGUAAACCGAAAACUUGUCAGAGCAAGUUUCACUCGUGCAGACUCCUUUAUUACAUGGUGCACGUGCUGAGGCCACGCGAGGCAACCACCCUGUCCAAGGACUGGUACAUGAACGACAGCACGCUACUGGAAACACCGUUACCGGAAUCCCUUCGAAGCAAGUGGCAGCUAAAGCCGAUUUCUGUCGCCGUUGCCUGUGUACCAACCUCGGAAAACAGACGAAAUUGA